GAAAUUGGGUAUGUGCAUUAAUUUAUUUUACUAUAAUUUCUAAAUCUUUAAUUUAUUGCUAAAUUAAUUAAAAAAAAUAAAUUGAAAUAUAAAAUAUCAAGUGAAAUCACGCGCUCUGAUGGUUGACAAACAUAAAAAUAUUGAGCAGAAAGAAAUUGUCAAUGGUUAAGAGUCUUGUACGUGUUGUUGACUCAUAUCUCCAACAUUUGCGUGAACUGUCGAGUUUAACACUCAGCUCUCUCUGGUCUUCUCCAAUCAGCGUCAAUUCUACAAAAUUUGUGUCUAAUCUUCCUCUUUUCACAUGACGGGAUCUCCCAUACCACUUCCUUCUUGCUUUCUCAAUACUCCAAAUGCCUUCUUCUUCCUCUCCACCCUCCUCUCCCAAUGUUGCAGAAGCUUUAACUCCCGCCAAAACUACGCCCCAUUCUUUUACUGUUAGGAAGCUCACCCGCCAGAGAAAGCUCAGGCAUGUUUCCAUCGACGAUCUCGGCCUGCAAUUCUCUGACUUCCCUUAUAAAUUGUCGGCUUCCCCCGAGUUGACUCGCAAAUCUCCCUCUCCGACUGUCUCCGACCACUGGUCUUCUUCCGCCGUCCCAAAGCCACUGCCUCUUCCUGCUUCAUCUUCGCUCCGGAAACCGAAUUCGUUGGGCUCCAAUUCGCCCGGAGAAGGCCCGGGGGGUGUGUUGGCUAGGCCAUGAGGUGAUGAUCUUGUGCUUGUAAACCAUAUUAGCCAGAUAACUAUGUACCUGAACUAUGGAAAACAUGGCUAAUUAAUUACUUGCUGAUUUUUAUCCACAAAAUACCAGGCAGAACACAGAUUAUAUUCUCAAAAAAUCAGUCAAAUCUUCAGCCAAUAGUCAUAGAGGAUGCUCUCAAGACGUAAAUAUUGGAAACGUUACUAGUGACUUUAGAGCAAGGGCCCCUGCAAAGAGCACACAUCACACUGUUGGUCCACAAAGAUCAAAGACUCUGGACUCUUUUCCUUCUCAUGAUAUAGUGGACUCAAAUAAAUCGUUAAGAAAUCUGCAUAGAGCAUUCUCCCAUGACUGGAAUUAAGACCAUAGUUACAUUUGAGAUUGAAUGUCCUUCCUGGGAGUGCUCCGACAGUGCAUUCUCAAGUCCUGAUGUCAGU